AUGAGUUGCCCGGCACCAACUCCCGAUCCUUGCCAGCAAAUAUGCCCUCCGCAGCCCCCACUACCACCAUGCCUCGUGAAACCCAUCAUGAGAAGACUGCACUUAAAUCAAACCAAACGCAUCCUCGCACAAGCUCUAACUCUAUCAUGCAUAGCUGGAGCAUGUGUAUACUUCUUUAUCGGUGCUCCAAGAAGACACAAGUACAAGGAAUAUUAUGCGAGAGCUGAAUUAGAAGACUAUGGCGAUGAAAUGGCACGAAAAGGCUUAUUUCAAGCGGUACCAAAAGAGUCUUUAAAAGAUAAUCAACACAUGAAGAAAUAA